AUGAUAAGUAGUAUUUGUAGUAGUAAUUCAAUAGUUUUAUUGUUGGUGACCAUAGUCAUUGUGUCCGCUGAGACACAAUGGACAAGGACCACGCGUGCCCAACCUAAUGAUGUUGUUGACUUCCGUCUGGCACUCAAACAGAGCAACCUGGAUGUCCUCGAGUCUGUAUUACUCGAUGUUUCAAACCCUACCUCAGCAAACUAUGGUAAACAUUGGACCAUUGAUCAAAUCAAUGAGUUGAUCGCACCUCCUCAUGAGGUGUCCGAGGAGAUCACUCUUUGGUUGGAGAGGUCUGGCGCAUUCAAUGUUGUGAACAAAGGAGACUUCAUCAAGGCAUCGGCAUUGGUAGCUGAUGUUGAGAGUCUCUUUCGUGUGGAGAUGUUCCACUACAAACACGACACAAAGGAUAGCCAUCACGUCAUCCGUGCAUCAUCACUCUACACGAUACCAUCCACAUACUCUGAUGUGAUUGAAAUGGUGACGGGCAUAUCAGAGUUACCAAUUACCAAGUCACGUAACCAUCCUUCAAAGUCGUCAAAGACUACCAGGCGAGUGGGCACUGUCGAUCCCGGCAUCGUGGUACCAUGGUCCAUUCAAAACGUCUACGGCAUACCCAGUGGCUACGACAACAAUCACAACACAUCACUAUGUCUUGUCGAAUUCCAAGAUGAUCAAUCAUACAACAAGGAUGAUCUGAACAUGUUUGGAAAGCAGAUGGGCAUACCCGCCAUCAAUGUCGAUCGCAUCGUCGGACCUUUCGCCCCGCAGUACCCAGACACCGAGUCAACAUUGGACGUUCAAUAUGGCGGUGCCAUCGCUCAGACUGCGUCCAUUUGGUUCUGGACCGUUGAUGGAUGGAUGUAUGAGUUUGCAUCGGACCUUGCCACUACUGAUCCCGCUCCCUACGUCGUGUCAAUGUCGUGGGGCACUCCUGAGACCCUACUCUGCGGACCCUCUGGCAUUGGACACUGCACCAAGGGUGAGACCAAUCAACAGUACAUCGCUCGUUGCAAUGUGGAGUACAUCAAGUGCGGUCUCAGGGGUAUAACACUACUCGCUGCAUCUGGUGACAAUGGUGCACCAGGUGACAGCAACACUGAUUGUCUGCCCAAGGAGAAGCCAUUGUCCACAUCGUUCCCAGCCACAUCUCCCUAUGUCACUGCGGUCGGUGCCACAAUGUUGCAGGCAACUUCAUCCUCUGGUUUGGCCAACCAUCUCACCGACGACACACCACCUCUCUGCCAACAAGUCCAGUGCGCCACAUCCACAGUUGAGUUGGUCUGCUCAUACCCAGACGCGCAAAUCACAAGCAGUGGAGGCUUCUCAUACUUCUCGCCUUUGCCAUCGUGGCAGUCGUCUGCAGUGGAGGCAUACCUAAACUCAGGAGUACCCUUGCCAUCGGCAUCGAUCUACAACUCUAGCAAUCGUGGCUUCCCAGAUGUAUCGGCACUCGGUCACAACUAUGGUAUCUACGCGUAUGGAGGACUUGAGAAUGUGGACGGCACAUCGGCCUCCACGCCCGUCUGGGGAGGUAUCAUCGCGUUGCUCAACUCAUACCGCUUGAACAACAAUAAGCCAACACUUGGAUUCAUCAACCCACUACUGUACAGUGCACCGGCCACAGUAUUCAAUGACAUCACCAUUGGCAACAACAGCUGCACUGAGUUCUGUUGCUCUCCUUACGGCUUCACCGCAUCAAAAGGAUGGGAUCCAGUCACUGGACUUGGUACACCAAUCUUCAAGAAUCUUCUUGCCUACAUUCAAACACUUCCAUAA